UUAUUAUUUAUACAAAAAAACCCAUACCAUAUGAGAUAAUUUUAUCGACGGACUAACUUAGAAUAUUGCAAACCAGUUUAAUAAACAUGUGCAUCAAGUAUGUUGCUAUUUUAAUGUUAGUCAUUCUAUUUUAUUUCAAUAGUGCGAUUGCUCAAGUGAUUAAUUUAGAUGAAGGACUGAUUGAAGAUGAAGGCAAUACUGCAGGAUCUCUACCCUCUCUAAAUUUCGUUGAAAACGGAAACAAACGAUAUUACAUAGGAGACGUAUUUCAGGGCAACUUUUUUAGAUCAGAACAAUUCUGCAGACAAAAUGGAAUGAAUUUAGUUUCAAUAAGCUCUUCACAAGAAAAUGACUUCCUACAACGUACCAUUAUACAACGGAGUAAUAGUUCUGCUGGCUUGGGCGACGAAUUUUGGACAUCUGGUACUAAAAUACCGGAUUCCCGUAACUGGAUUUGGUUUACCACCGGUAGGAAGAUAUCUUAUUAUAAUUGGUUAAAGGGACAACCAGAGUCAAAUAAAAAUUAUCAAUGUAUAGAAGCCCAAGUUACUAAUAAUCAAUUGAAAUGGAGUAAUAAAGAUUGCUGGGAGAAAUACUAUUUUAUAUGCGAAUCCACGAAAUCUUCUGAUAUAGGGCCACGUGUGGAAUACAGUUAGUCUCAAAAUGGGUGAAGUACUACACACGUCAAACAGGACGCUGAAGAUCGAGUACUACAGAACGUAAAUAAGAAUGAAUAAAACAGAACUGCAUUUGCAAUUUUAUUUAUAAAUAAUAAACGGAACAAGUUAACAA